GAAAAGUUCAAGCCGGUCGCAUCACAAGGAAUUGACAAAAUACCUAUACCUACAGCAAUUGAACAAGCACAAGUCAAUCAAAUUUCUUGAUUUUUCUCCGAUGAACCUAUUUACAUGAUACCUUAAGAUCUACGGCAAAGUCAACGCAAAAACAGCAAAAUGUCGCGGCCAGAGGACACACUGUCCGCCGACGUCCACUAUAAUGACUCCGAAGCGCGCAAAUACACCACAUCCUCUCGUAUACAAAAUAUCCAAGCUUCUAUGACACACCGCGCCCUCGAACUUCUCGACCUCUCGUCGCCCUCCUUUAUCCUAGAUGUCGGCUGCGGAAGCGGUCUAUCAGGCGAAAUCCUCUCCUCGAUACCAACGGAAGAAGGCGGGCCCCACGUAUGGGUAGGAAUGGACGUAUCUGCUUCCAUGCUAGAUGUUGCGCUACAGAGAGAUGUAGAAGGCGAUUUAUUACUAGCGGAUAUCGGACAAGGGGUACCGUUUCGGGCGGGUACGUUUGAUGCGGCUAUUAGUAUCAGCGCGAUACAAUGGCUGUGUAAUGCGGAGAGUAGUGAUGUAUCGCCCGCGGGCCGCCUGUCGAGGUUUUUCAACGGUUUAUACGCGAGCUUGAAGAGGGGAGGACGCGCGGUUUGUCAAUUCUACCCGAAGAACGACGAGCAAAAGAAGAUGAUCACGGGCGCGGCGGUGAAAGCUGGCUUCGGUGCUGGUCUUCUCGAAGACGAUCCCGAGACGAAGAACGUCAAGGUAUACUUGGUAUUAACAGUCGGUGGUGGUAACCUUGAUGGAAAUGGAGGCGACAUUACAGGGGUAAUAAAAGGCAUGGAUGGUGUCGACGUGAUGGACGCGAGGCGUGGCAACCGAAGCGGCAAGGGCGAGAUCAAGAAGGGAAGUAAAGCAUGGAUCGUUAAGAAGAAGGAGCAAAUGGAACGAAAAGGAAAGGUUGUUAAAGCGACCUCUAAAUAUACGGGCCGCAAGAGACGGAUUGCUUUCUAGAUUCAUGGCGAUACCUUUUGCAUUGCGCGGCGCUAUUGGAGUUCUAGGCUUUGGGGAAUGAUCGAGAUGAUAAAUUCACUUUCUUGAUAUCCAAGUACUGCUCGUGUUGAUAUCC